AACUUGAUCACGAGUUUGCCUGCACGGACUCCUUGACUCCUCGCCCCUUGAUGUAUCUGCCAACUUCCUAGCUACCUCUUACUUACAUAAAACAAAAGCAGCCGGCCGGAAGGGUUGGUCCUUUAUAGAGACAACAACGACGAACCCCCACCCCCCACUUCACUACACCUCCCCAAAGGAUGUCUAUGCUGAAGGGAAUCCUCUUUUGCCUUUUUGUGGUUUUGGCUCUCGCUAACGUCAAGCAUGGCUUGGAGCCACCUCUGAAGCAUCCACGUCCACGUAAACCUGGCCAUGCACAUCUGAAAUACUGCAAAGCCAAUACGACAUGCCCUCCUGGCCAUGUCCCUUUUGACGCUGUCUAUCUCGAGGCUUAUGUCCGAACUCGAUACAACGACCCCUACACAGGCUACUAUUCCUUGGUUUCAAAGAAACUGAACAAAUACGGCCAGUUCACCCUCACGAACAAAACCUCAGAGGCCGUCAUUGUCCAUGUGGACAUCGGCAACUUGGUUGAUGGAUUUACGAAUGCGGGAUCCAUCACGACCUAUAAUGCGGACUUUCCCUCUCUCAACCAUAUCGGUGCUGUUCUUGGAUACGGUUCCAAUGACUCGUAUAUCCGGUUCGAAGGCUACAAUUACUACUCACUCUCACCUACGACCGUCACCCCGAAGUUGUCCAAACCAGUAUCAAAAGGUUACUCCGCAUAUGCAUACUUCACGGGAAUCAACGCUCCAAAAGAAUCCAGCAUAUGGAGCAUCGUCUACCACCAAUUCGGAGCAGCCGGCCACAUAUUCCCAAUAUGGUACAACCCCACUUUUGGAAAAGAAACAUACAAUUCCCUCUAUUGGUUCCCCAAAGAGAAUGCCCUAUUUGGAAUAUCAAAUUACGUCGUCGUGUCUGAACAUUUCCAUAAGAAAUAUGGAAGAGAUUUGUUCUAUGCGGUACGUGUGCAUUUUGUCUAUAACUUUUACUAAUCUCUUCUUGGUCUCUGAUGGUGCGUUCAUCUUUUGACUUUUUAUCUAGGAUAUCGUACCAAAGUCGAUCCAUAAUUACGUUCGAGGGCCACCCAAUCAGCCACCACCUUAAAACUCGAACCUCGCGACCCAUGCACCUUAUAUGCCCUACAAAGAUAGUAAAAAUUUCCUGCUAAAUCAAAUAGUCGUUACAGCUUUGUGUGACGCACGCAGCUUUGGUGUCUGAUGAAAGAAAUUGGAAAGAAAUACGAGCUUUACAACUGACUGCACGGCGUCGUCGACUGGAACAAUUCCCCAAUAUAUC